AUGUCAGAAACUGGUUGCUACAUAUGUGGAGAUCGUCCUGUAAUGAGGCGCUGUGAAAGUGGGCAGCUUAACUGUAAAUAUUGUUUUCUGAGUGCUUUUGAGGAGGAAGUCCAUGAAUACAUUACGAGUUACAAAAUGUUUUCACCGGGAGAAGUAGUAGCUAUAGGUAUUUCUGGAGGGAAAGACUCAAGUGUCCUCCUAAAUGUAAUGUAUGAGCUCAAUAAAAGGAAGGAAUAUGGUUUAGAUUUGCGACUAGUUGCAAUAGAUGAAGGUAUAAAGGGGUAUCGUGAUGAUGCACUGAAAGUAGUAAAUUUCCAGAAAGACUAUUAUGAUCUGCCACUGACAAUCUUACAAUUUCAGGACUUAUUUGGUACAACAAUGGAUGAUAUCAGAUUAAAAGCAGGCAAAUCAAAUUCCUGUACAUUUUGUGGAGUAUUUAGAAGACGAUCACUUGAUGUAGGGGGCAAUUUAUCUGGAGCAGAUAAAUUGUGUACUGGACACAAUGCAGAUGAUGCGGCAGAAACUGUCUUGUUAAAUAUUUUGCGUGGUGACUUAAAUAGGUUACAAAGAUGUACAAACCCAAUAACCUCAACUGAAAUUAAGCAGAGUCAAGAUAAUGAAGUUGUUAUGGGAUUAGGAACUUUACGAAGUAUACCAAGAGUUAAGCCCUUGAUGUACUGUUUUGAGAAAGAAAUUGUUUUAUAUGCUUAUUAUUCAAAUCUCAGAUACUUCUCUACCGAAUGUAAGUAUUCUGUAGAUGCUUAUAGAGGCUUUGCUCGCGAGUUUAUUCGACAAAUAGAAGGCAUAAAGUGCAAAUAUGUAACGAACUUCAUUAGAGCUGCUGAGAAUUUUAAUAUUGCAGCUAUAAAUAGAGAUAAAAGUAGCACUAACGAGAAUAAAAACAACUUACCCAGAAUUUAUGCACAGCAGGUGGUACAAAGAUGCACUUUAUGUGGCUAUAUGUCCUCUGCUCGAGUCUGUAAGGGGUGUCUUCUUUUAGAAACAUUGAGAACUAAUAAUAGCAAAAUCACAUUUAAAAGUGGAUAA